AUGGCAGCUCCCCGCGAACAGCCUCCAUGGCAGCAGCCAGCACCCCACCAAGGGCUACAGCGAGAACUACCACCGCUAAAGAUUUGGAAUUCGCUGACCAGGUCGAAGACUCCGUUUGUGCCUCUGGACCCCGAAGGAAAGAAGGUAACCUGGUACGCUUGCGGUCCUACAGUGUACGAUGAUGCGCAUCUUGGGCACGCGCGCAACUAUGUCAGCGCAGACAUUGUCCGGCGCAUCCUCAGGGACUACUUUAAAUUCGAUAUCAACUAUAUAAUGAAUAUAACAGAUGUGGAUGAUAAGAUUAUCACUAGAGGUAGACAGCAGCAUCUAUACAAACAGUUCAGUGCCGAGCACCCAUCAAUGGAUCAAGAGCUCUUGGAUACCGCCAAAGCUGCCUAUGGAGCUUAUAUCACCAAGAAUCUCCCACUAGUACCAGUAUCGACGCCCACACAUGAGUUCAAAGAUACUGCUGAGAAUGUAUAUGCGGCCGUGCUUGACGGGAAGCCCCUUGAAGGCAAUUCAAAAGCAGGCGAACCAGAGGCUAAAGUUAAAAUGUAUAUAAAGACACUGUCUGUCGCUGCUGAGGCGCUUACGGUAGCUUCAACUCCCGAUGGCAACAUAUCGGUAACUACCUUCUACGACAAGACCCAGGAUAUACUAUACCCUUACCUUGACACGCUUAAAGGAUCAUCCAUCCCAGGCUCUGACCAUUCGAUAUUUACCCGCCUGACUAGAGAGUAUGAAGAUCGAUUUAUGAAGGAUGUACGAGAUCUCAAUGUCUUGGAUCCUGACGAAAUCACCCGAGUGACGGAAUUCAUGCCUGAGAUAGUAAGUUUUGUGGAGCGCAUAAUCGAUCAUAAGUUUGGAUAUGUGACUCCCGACGGGUCUGUAUAUUUUGAUAUUGAAAGUUUCGAAGCUGCUGGAAAUAACUAUGCUAGACUCGAGCCUUGGAACCGGAAUGAUGCCAAUUUACAGUCGGAAGGAGAAGGGUCUCUGUCUAACAAACAAGCUGAAAAGAAGUCUUCUGCUGACUUUGCUCUCUGGAAAGCCUCAAAAGCAGGAGAGCCAAGCUGGCCCAGUCCAUGGGGAAACGGCCGCCCUGGCUGGCACAUUGAGUGUUCCGCAAUGGCCUCUUCCCGACUUGGAAAGCAGAUGGACAUCCAUUCCGGUGGUAUUGACCUUGCAUUCCCCCAUCAUGACAAUGAGAUUGCUCAAAGUGAAGCAUAUUGGAGCCCGACUUGCUCACAUGUGCAAUGGGUUAACUACUUCAUCCAUAUGGGGCAUUUGUCCAUUCAGGGGUCAAAGAUGUCAAAAUCACUGAAGAACUUCACUACUAUCAGAGAUGCCCUUCAAAGAGGCGAUUGGACACCCAGGAGCCUCCGCAUCGUGUUUCUACUCGGUGGCUGGAGAGACGGUAUUGAAAUUACGGAAGAGAUUGUAAAAGCUGGCAACGCCUGGGAGGAAAAGGUGAACAACUUCUUUAUCAGAGUCAAGGACCCAUCGGUCAAGCUUCCUGAAACUACCCAAGACGAAGAGCUCCCUGCCGCUCUGAAGGCUGCUCAAGACAACGUUCACAAGCACUUAUGCGACUCGUUCAAUACGGCUGGCGCCAUGUAUGCCAUUUCGGAGCUGAUCACCAAGUUCAACAACACAAAUGAAGCUGCCUUGAGUGCCCAAAAUACACAUGCCGUAGCCAAAUGGCUGACCUCAAUGGUCAAUAUAUUUGGACUCAACUCUACCGCAGGGCCAGAUAGCGAGAAGAUCGGCUGGUAUGGAGACGAAAUCGCUGAGGAGGCAAAGCCCUACGUUUUCCCUCUCUCUACCAUUCGUGAUGCUCUUCGCCAGACGGCAAUCGCAAAAACCGGCCUCACGCCUGAUUCCAUCAAAUCUGUAGUGGAGGAAGGACGAAAAUCCGUCAGCCCUGAGCUACUAGAUCCUCAGCUCACCAAUUCCUUCAAGGAUGUAUUCAACAAUUUCUGCUCUAGUGCCACCGCUUUCACUGAAUCCAACAACCUCUCGAAAGAGAUCCUAGACCUCUGCGAUACCCUUCGUAACACAAGCCUAUUUGACCUCGGCGUCUACCUCGAGGACCGGGCUGAUCUACCUGCGCGUGUACGCCCCGUCACACGAGACUUACUCCAGGCCAAACAAGAAGCAGAAACCAGGGCCAAGCAAAAGCUGCUGGAAAAAGAGGCUCGUGAGAAAGAGGCCGCUGAGAAGGCUGCGAAGGGGAAGAUAAGUCCUUUAGAGAUGUUCAAGACGGAAGCAUACAGUGCUUGGGAUGAGGAUGGACUACCCCUAAAAGAUGCAAAAGGUGAAGAGAUUACCAAGAGCCAGAAGAAGAAACUCAAGAAGGAAUGGGAUAGGCAGAAGAAGGCGCAUGAGACUUGGCUUGCUUCUCAAAAGACUCCAUGA